AUGGCGACCCAAACGUCCGGCACAAAGAGGCCUUUGUCUGAGGUGGAAGAGGGCAUUGACGCCGCCGCUGAAGCCAAAAUCGCACAGCAGAUUGCCGACGGCCGUCUCAAGACCGAAUCUCGUCCCAAAUCGAAGAAGCCAAGAGUCGAGGAGCGCCGGUCCAUCUUCGUUCGAUCGCUGCCCCCGGACGCUACAAACGAAACUCUUACAGACUUCUUCUCCGAGUACUUCCCUGUGAAGCAUGCUACUGUUGUUGUAGACCAGGCGACCAAGCAAUCCAGAGGAUAUGGUUUCGUGACCUUCGCCGACGCCGAAGAUGCCCAGCAGGCGAAGGUUGCCCUAGACAAGAAAGUUUGGGAAGGUCGCCAUUUGAGAAUAGACAUUGCCGAGCCUCGAACUCGUGGCGGGAAGGGUGAAGAGCCCCAGGCGCCGAAACCCAAGCCCGGCAGACCCGAUGCGCCCCAAGCCACAAAACUGAUUGUGCGCAACCUGCCGUGGACCAUCAAGACAAAAGAACAGCUUGAGAAACUGUUCUUAAGUUUCGGAAAGGUGCGAUAUGCAGACUUGCCCCAAAACAAAGGCAAGCUGAAGGGAUUCGGUUUCGUUACGCUACGUGGCAGGAGGAACGCAGAGAAGGCAUUGGAAACACUCAACGGCAAGGACAUCGACGGAAGACCUAUUGCUGUGGAUUGGGCAGUCGACAAGAAGACCUGGACUGAGGAGCAAGAGAAGAGCACCAAAACUGCGGUCGAUGACAACGACGACGACACCUCUUCCUCUGGCAGCUCCGAUGAAGAGGAUGACGAUAAUGUCGCAGAGGAUAGUGCACCUGCCAAAUCCAAGGAAAAGGAACUAGACGACGAUAUGAAGAACUUCUUGAAGAACCACAUGGUGAAUAUGGAAGAUGAGGAAGACGAGGACGACGAAGAUGAGGAAGCAGCCGAAGCAGCCGAAGCAGAAAACGACGAGAUCGGUGCCAAACCUCAGAGAACAACAGACAACGCCUCGACUCUCUUCAUUCGCAACCUGCCCUUUACAGCGACCGACGACCAGGUCAAAGAGUUCUUCAACCACUUUGGCGCUGUGCGGUACGCCCGCGUGGUAUACGACAAAGCCACCGACAAACCUGCCGGCACGGGAUUUGUCUGUUUCUUCAACGAAGAAGACGCCAAGUCCUGCGUGAAGAAUGCUCCCCGACCGCAGCAGUCGGUAGCAGCCGCCAAAUCAAAGCAUUCGAUCCUGCAGGACGAGAACGCGGAUCCCGAUGGUCAAUACACGCUUGACGGCCGUUUGUUGCAAGUAGCGCAAGCUGUCAACCGGGAGCAAGCUGCCAAUCUGGCCGACAGCUCUCUUGCGCAGCGUCACUUGAAGGACAAGCGCAGGUUGUACCUUUUACAAGAGGGCGCCAUCACACCUCGAUCCGGCCUGUUCAAGUUGCUGAGCCAACAAGAGCUGCAGAUGCGUGAGGCUAGCGCUGGACAGAGGAAGAAGCUGGUCCAAAAGAACCCUAGCCUGCACUUGAGUCUGACGCGUCUCGCUCUGCGCAACAUUCCCCGCAAUAUUGAUUCGAAGGACCUCAAAGAGCUGGCGCGCAAGGCUAUUGUAGGCUUUGCAAAGGAAGUGAAAGAAGGCAAGCGCCAGCCCCUUUCCAAAGAGGAGAACGCCCGCGACGGCAAGGACGCCAAGGAAAAGGAACAUGAGCGCAGAGCCAAGGGCAAAGGCAUUGUGAGGCAGGCCAAGAUCAUUUUUGAAAGUAACCAAGGCUCCAAAGUCGAGGAGAAGAGCGGCGCCGGAAAGAGCCGCGGCUACGGCUUCAUUGAGUACACGAACCACCAUUGGGCACUCAUGGGCUUGCGCUACCUGAACGGCAUGCAGCUCGAAGGUGAAAACGGUCGGAAGCAGCGCUUGAUUGUUGAGUUUGCCAUUGAGAACGCACAGGUCGUGCAGAGGAGGAAGGCUGUCGAGGCAAGUGGCGCGCAGGGUGCACAAAGGGCAAAGGACAAGGAGUCUUCCACCAAGGCGUCUACUGAGGACGACGACAAGAAGACCGCCAAGAUUCUGAAGGAUAAUAAGAGUGCCCGCGGAAAUCGAGGUAAAGGCAAAAAGGGCAAUAUGAACAAGGGCGCCAAGGCCAAGAAACCCGAGGACGGUGCUGACCAUGGAUCGGAGAAAGCGGCGCCUGCGGAAGGGACAUCGGACAUGAAGCAGAAGCUCAUUGCGCGUACGAGGUUGAUGCGCAAGAAGAAGGCCAAGGCUAGAGCUGGCUAG